GUCGGUUCGGUGCAGUGGCCAUAUUUGUUGAUGUGUCACCUGAACAGAGGCUAACAUAAGGACGGUGGAGACGGUGUGCUGUGAUUAUUUUAAUUCCGGUCGAACUGAAUGGACCUAACAUAACAGGUGUGGUGUUUUUAGGAGAGCAUGGAGCAGCGUGACUGUGAGGGAGAACAGCACCCCGCUCCCGAUCCUCCGCACAGCACAGACAUCGUCAGCUCAGCAUGCACGGGGUCAACCCAAGUCAUCAGAGAUGGAGAUGGUACUGGACUGGAGCUGACGGGUGUGGAGGAGGACAUUGAUGCUGAACAGGACAGUGUCUUGGACAGCGUUCAGUCUGAUAGUGCUGAGAGGGCGGAGCUAAGGCUGAACCUUUCCACACCAGACCAGGAUGAAGCGACUGCAGAGGAAGGGCAUGGGGAUAAUAGCAGCAGCUGUGACAGUGGAACUGCCUCCAUAGAUGAUAUCAGGACUCCUCCUCCUCUUGCUAAUGAACAUGUAGAGACAGGGCCUGCUGUCCUGGAUGGGGCAGUAGAGGUUUUACUUCCUUCCAAUCAUCUUGAGGACCAGAAAGUGACCUCUUCUUGUGUUCCGGGUGAUGGAGGAGAAUUAACCAAUACAAUCAAGUCAAACAAUACAGCUUCACAUGAAGUAAGUCCAUCAGGGGAUGCUGCCAAACCUCAACCUGGCAAAGUGACAAACUCUGGUUCUGAAGUUUUACCACAGCAUGAGGUUAAUCACUUAAACUCAGUGUCGAAUGCUAACCCAUACGAUACAGACUGCAGCAGGAAGCUAAUGUCUGAGAUUCAGCGAUCAGUGUCUCAGGAAUCUCUGUUGGAUGAGUUGGAGUCAGAGUUGUUCAGCUGUCAGGUACAGGAGCGAGGCAACACCCGAGUGAGCCCUCCGAACGGUCUGCCCAAGGAUCAGGGCUCCAUGGUUUUCGAGAAAUGCGUCCAGUACAAGUACUCGCAACAAGAAAAGGCCAUCAAAAGGUUGCUGGAUGAGAAUAAGAAGCACCAGGAAUUGAUUCUGGGCAUCUGCUCUGAGAAGGACAACAUGAGGGAGGAGCUUAAGAAGAGGAUGGAGACUGAAAAACAGCAUCUUUGCUCUAUUAAGAAGUUUGAAAGCAGGGUGGAGGAACUAUUGAAGGAGCUAAAAGAAUCCAAGGACAAACUGGUUCAUCAGGACCAGGCAGCUAAAAACACUAUUCAGCAGAUACAGAGGGAGAUGUCCUACCGCCUUGAACAGGCAGGUAAGAAGUGUGAGGAGGCACGCCAGGAGAAGGAGGCCAUGGUUAUGAAGUAUGUGCGAGGGGAAAAAGAAGCACUGGACCUUCGUAGGGAAAAGGAGCAAUUGGAGAGAAAGCUCAGAGAAGCAACAGCAGAGGUGGACAAACAGGCCAGGAGGGGUAACCAGCUGGCACAGGAAAAAGGACGGCUUCAGCAGCUAUAUGACACCAAGGAGAAUGAGAUGAACAGGCUGUCUCGGGAAGUAGAAAAGCUCAAGGAUGAGAUCAACUCUCAUGUUAUCAAAGUGAAAUGGGCCCAGAACAAAUUAAAGAGUGAGACAGAUGCUCAUAAGGAAACAAAAGACAAGUUAAAAGAAACUAUGGCCAAGUUGACCCAAGCGAAAGAGGAGACCGAACAGAUACGCAAGAAUUGCCAAGACAUGAUUCGUACAUAUCAGGAGUCAGAGGAAAUUAAGUCUAAUGAAUUGGAUUUAAAGUUGCGUGAGACAAAGGGUGAGCUGGAGAAGCACAAGCAGGAACAGACAGACCAGCUGGAGAUGCAUCGAGCCAAGAUUAAGGAGCUAGACGAUCUAAAGAGGAGCUACAAAGAAGGCAUGGAUGAGCUUACCACUCUUAGAACUAAGGUAAAAUGUCUGGAGGAUGAAAGACCUCGAUGGGAAGAUGAGCUGGGUAAAUACAGAGAGAUCAUUAACAGACAGAAGUCUGAGAUCCAGAACCAGCGUGAGAAGCUUGGGGAAACUCAGAGAUUAGAGCAGCAACAUCAGAGUGAUGAGGAGGAAAUUGCAUCUUUGAGGGAGGAGGUAGAGAGUCUGAACUUACAGAUUGCAGACCUACACAGAGAUGUACAGGGUGGCCGAGUGCGAGAGGCUGAGCUCCUGGCCUUCACAGAAAAAAUGACGAGUAAGAAUGCUCAGCUACAGUCUGAAAGCAAUGGCCUGCAGGCUCAGCUGGACCGCCUGACCACUAACUCCAGGGAGCUGCAGAAUAAACUGGAAGAGACCGAGAGGGCGCUGACAGACAUGACAGCAAGGUUGAAGAGAGAGGAACAGCGAAUGCACAAUGAAGUCCAGGCCCUACAGACAGAGCGAUCUGCACUGCAAACAGAGACUGCACAGUUGAAGACGAGAGUAGAGGAGCUCCGAGAUGAACUGGUUACACAGAAAAGGAAGCAAGCAGCCAACAUCAAGGAUCUGACAAAGCAGCUCACACAAGCACGCAAGAAGCUGGACCAGGUGGAGAAUGGCGGCUGUGAUCGGGAGGGCAGCAGCAUGGGCAGUCGCUCCAGUUCUUCAGGCUCUCUUAAUGCUCGAGGCAGCAGUACGGACGAUCGUUCUCCUGAGAACCAGUCGGCUUCGUCUGUGGUGGUGGUCGACAGCUUCCCAGAAGUGGACAAAGCAGUGUUGGUGGAGCGUAUCGUACGGCUACAGAAAGCCCAUGCACGCAAGAAUGAGAAAAUUGAAUUCAUGGAGGACCACAUCAAGCAGCUUGUGGAGGAGAUCAGAAAGAAGACAAAAAUUAUUCAGAGCUAUGUUCUGAGAGAGGAAUCUGGAGCUCUCUCAUCCGAGGCAUCCGAUUUUAACAAAGCCCACCUGAGUAAGAGAGGGGGCAUCAUGGCAUCUCUGUACACUUCACACCCGGCUGACAGUGGGCUCACACUUGACCUUUCGCUGGAAAUCAACAGGAAGCUUCAGGCAGUUCUGGAAGACACGCUGCUCAAGAACAUAACACUGAAGGAGAAUCUCCAGACCUUAGGUUCAGAGAUUGAGAGAUUGAUUCAGCAGCAGCGACCAGUUGAACCCACUGUCAGAAGAAAAUGACAGUAGUGCUCUUAGCGAAGUCACUACAAGACAUUACAAAUGUGGAUAUUUACAAGCAUUCAGGUGCUCUGAAACACCAGGGUUUGUGGUUAACCCAGGAGGCUGGCAGGUGGGAAAAUGCACAUGCAGACAUCCUCCCACAAUCUGUGUGACAACCUGGAAAAGGAGACUACAAAGCGAUUGACCUUGUGAAGUACUUGAGUCCUCUUCAUCUGCUUGCUGUCAAACUGUCAUUCCAUCAUCACUUACCUGUCCGAAGUGAGCUUCACCAAUGUACUGUAACUACUAUUCGAAGUUCAGAAAAGAACUUGCACACUUCAACCCAGUGAUGUGUAAAUUUAUAAAGUCUGGAUAAUGAAUGUAAUGAUGAUUGAGUACACGUGUAUGUGAUGAAGGUACAUCGAUUCUCCUCCAAAGAUCUUUUUUGUAAUGGUGCAUUUUUGAAACAGAGGGCAUCUCCAGACCUGCUCCACAUCAUCUUGCUGCAUAAAGGCUGUUGCUGCUUUUUCUGUUCCCCUAUGUUUUUUGUGCCAAUUUCUGAAUGUGUGUAAAUUGCAGACACUAAUGUAUACUCCUACACAGUGGCUUAAGAAAGGGGCCAUUUUUGCCACAAGAUUAUAAUUUAAUUUUUUUUCAGCUGUAGAGACUGUUUUUUCUCUGCAGACUGAAUGAAGCACUUAAAAAAAGGCCAGAUCUUACACUGCAUGCACUUUUUCCAAUAUUAGGAGUCUUGGUUCAAUAUAAACCAGAUUAAUCUUAACUACACAUGGGAUAAGUGGAUAUAAUUAGCAUUGGUUUUUAAUAAGUGAGAUUUUUCCAGGUCUAAAUUAAGUUCUUAUUAAAUCAAAGGUAUCCUUUUGUCCUGCAUAUUGAGAGCAAUUUAAUGUCGGUCAUUUGUUAUAUGAAAAACCUGUCACGUAUAUAUUUUUACUUUUCCUCUCAUUUUCCCUGUUUGUGUUUCUCUGUGUAAAUCUAUUAGGAGACGUAAUUAAAGAAGUGAUUUGAAUGGAUCAGUAAAAACGGCAGAAGAAUCUUAAUAUAUUGGGGGAAAUAAGUGCAAUUCUGUUUUUUUUUUUUUUUUUGCCUUAACUAUGUGUUGGUGCUGGUGGUAUUGCGGAAAGGCCUUGUUUUUUCUCUAAAACAAGCCUGAGCUGUGAUUCUCCACAGUAACUGUCCCAUUUAAGGCCCUAAAAAGAAUGAAUUUGUGAUGGCGAAUUCCUUUGGUGGAUUGAAGCCAGACUAUAUGCUUUCUACAAGCUGUAUUCGGACUGCCUGGGGAAUUGCUGGCCUAGAGAUCUCUGCCCUGCAUAUUUAAGCGUUAGAAAGAAAUGUGUCAUUCACUGCUGCUCCUGGACUACUUAUGUCUUUAUUCUUAAGCUUACAGAAGGUAAAUAGUGAAGGAUUAUUUUGGCAAUGUGGCGAUAUAUUCAGGGACCAUACUUUCACCUGCCAGCCUUUUCCUGACAUUAAGCCCAGACGAAUGAAUUGUAAACUUUUGCCCCCUAAGCUGCGAAGGGGGAUUAAUAACCAUGUACCACAACACAACUUAAGGCCAGUGCUUGGAGCUUCACCUUUUCUCCCCACACUCCAUCAUCCUAGACACAACAGAGACAUUCCCUAAAAAAAAAGCAAUGUGAACAGAGAAUUUUUUUUUUUGCAGAAUGUACUCCAAGAUAAACACUGUCAGUAAUUGUUUAAAAGUCUGUUUCAUAAUUUAUUAAAUCUCCCUAUUAAAUUCUCAUAAAUAUAAAAUGACAAGAAUUAUCUGUUGAAGUAUGUGUGUUUGUGAAUGGUGAUCAAAACUGAUGAAGUGGAAAUAUACCAUUGAAUCUCUUCCUGAUCUGUCAUCUGUGCUCUGUGUAAUUAACAUAGUCAGACUGUGAUUAUAUGAACUUGUAGAUAUGAUGUGAUAUAAAUGAUUAGUUGGUUUUAAAGAUAAAAAUCUGGAUUCCUUUCUGUAAAUAUGGUGCUUACAAGGAAUAAAAGAAAAAAAAA